UGAAUUAAGUCAAAAGGUUCCACAUUUGAAAGAAUGUUAUUUUGAUUUUGAGCAACCAAACAAGAUUCCUGGCAAACAAUCUUUUAUUGUGGGUUGGAAUUUGGGCAAUAAUCAACCUAUUAUUGGAAAACUUCGACAGUCUGAUAAUACCUCUAUCACAAUUCAGCAUUUUAUCCCAUCACAUAAUCAACAAUGA